UUGUGUAAAACAUGUGCUUGUCUGGAACAUCAGGGAACAUGUGGGGCUUCUACACCAUUUCUUUAAUCAAGUUGAUUCAUUGUAGAAUUUAUGUUUUUUAGUGUUUGUAUUAAACUUUUUAAAGCAGUGAACAUGUGGUUAAUUUUUUUUUGUCUUUAACUGUGAACUCAGUAAUGUAUUUAAGUCUUAUAUAGUAAUGUAUUUAACAUGUGGUUCAAUUUUAACUGUUCAAUUUUUUUUGUCUUUAAUUUAAUAAUGGAGAUGAACAUGUGGCCCAAUUUAAUAAUUGAGACAGUGACAGUGGUUCUUUGUAUUUAAUUUUUUUUGUCUUUAAUUUUUUUUUGUAUUUAACAUGUGGUUCUUUGUAUGCAGAUGGAGAACCUUGUGACAGUGUCUCUUUGGCUAGAUGGCACUUUUAAACAUAGCCCCAACUUGUCUUAUGUUGGAGGAAGAAAGCAAGUGACCACAAGGAUUAGCUUAGACUACAUGAAUAUGGAUUCACUAUAUGCGCUAUAUAGGUUAUGUGGAGGUAAAAAGUUGAAUGUCACUUUCUAUUUUGUGUACGCUGGUCAGUCACUUGAACAUGGCUUAAGGCAGAUUUUAUAUGAUGUUUCCAUAGCAUGGUUAGUGAGUGUGCAUGAAGGCCUAGAUCAUUUGACACUGUACACUGAAGAUACUGGUAUAGAGCCACUACUUGCAGUUGAUAGGGAUGGGAAUGUAUUAAGGGAAGAAGUGGAAAUAUUGUAUUUGCAGCAAGGGGAUGAAGAAGUACACUCUUCUGAAGCACCAUUUGAAGAACCACUAAAUGAUGAAGAACCAAAUGUUGAAGAUCAAGAAGCUGAAGAACCAAGUGUUGGAAAUCAAGCAGAUGCAGAACCAACUGUUGAAGAUCAAGAAGCUGAAGAACCAAGUGUUGGAAAUCAAGCAGCUGCAGAACCAACUGUUGAACAUCAAGAAGCUGCAGAACCAACUGUUGAAAAUCAAGCAGAUGAAGAAGCAAAUGUUGAUUCUGAGGAUGAUGAUUCUGCAGAUGAUGACUACCUGCAGCCUGAAGAUGCUACUUCAGAUGAAAAUGAUGUACAUUCAGAUGUUCCAAGUGAGGAGUUAGAUGAUGUUGGGGAUCGUGCAUUCAUAAAUGGUUAUGAAUUAGAAUAUGUGAAAAAUGAAAGGAAAAGGGUGACAGCAGAAUGCAAAACUGAAGGCUGUAAUUGGAGGAUCCAUGCCUCUGUUGUGCAGGGUGGUCCAACAUUUCAGAUCAAGAGCAUAACUGGAGAGCACACAUGUUAA